CGUGGAUAUCUUGGAUCUUUUCAUGAGGAAAGACCUCGCACAGUACUCGACAGAGACGGUCUCAGUUGGCGGCGAAGAGUCCGGAAAAGACACUCCUCCACCUGGCGACCUUAUUCGGUUUAUCAAGGACAUCCGUCGCCAUAGCUUGAAGCGGGAUUGGCAGCCCAUGGAAAAAUCCGCCAAGCUUCCACGGCAUAUCGCUGUCGGUAUGAAAGUCAAGAAGGUGCAUGAAGUGCAGCACUUUGCGGAGUACGUUGACCGCCUAACCAACGAUAUCACUGCUUCUUCUAGCCACAAGAUCACGCACAUUGCCGAUUUCGGCUCUGGACAGAACUAUCUUGGUCGCGCGCUGGCUAGUCAGCCGUUCAAUAAGCACAUCAUUGCCAUUGAAGGCCGCCCGCAUAAUAUUGUGGGCGCAAAGGAGAUGGAUGUCCUUGCAGGCUUGGCGCCGAAGAAGGUGCGCAUUGUGAACAAAAAAGAGCAUAGGGCGCUGCAAGACAAAGAGCUGCUGAAGGAGGGCAAGAUGUUAAAGGGAAGGCGGAAAGCGCAGAGGAUGAAGGAGGCGAAAUGUGAGGAUUGCGUGGAUGGAACCGAAGCUGAGAAGGAGGAUGUUGCUUCAACAGGAGUGAAAGAAAAUGGAGAAGCUGUCAAUGAGGAAGCGGAGCCCAUCGAUGAGACGCUCCAGAAUCUUGCCCUGGAACCUGUGAGCGAGCCUUGGAAGGACCCGGCACCAGAGGGGCCCGAGCAAGAGCCAGUAGAGGAACUGGCCAAGGAGGUUGCGAAAGCAACUUUGCAGAUAUCGAAAGAGGGCCAGGGUAGUAUCCAAUACGUCGAACACAGGUUAGAAGACGGCAAUCUGGCUCCAGUGGUAGAGCAAAUUGUCGACGCAGGCACCCUGGAAGAGAAGGCGGACGAAGUAUCCAAGGAAACGACCGACAAAUCCGAGCAGCCCUUUGCCACGACGACCGAGGCCGUUGUGCCCACGACCAAGGCCGUGGAUCCCAACUUGAUGGUCAUCUCGCUGCACUCCUGCGGCAACCUCCUCCACCACGGCCUGCGUUCGCUAGUCCUCAACCCCACGGUCAAAGCCGUAGCCAUGAUCGGCUGCUGCUACAACCUCAUGACGGAGCGCCUUGGCCCACCGAGCUACAAGCUCCCGACGCUGCGGCCGAACCACCCGCGCCUCGACCAGACGGCCAACGCCUUCGACCCGCACGGCUUCCCCAUGUCGACCCGGUACGCGACGUUCCCGCUGCCGAACGAGGACAACAGCGGACUCAGCGGCGACGAGGGCGUGCGGCUAAACAUCACGGCGCGCAUGAUGGCGGUGCAGGCGCCGCAGAACUGGGGCCCGGAGGACAGCGAGGCCUUUUUCACACGGCACUUCUUCCGCGCCCUGCUGCAGCGCGUGUUCCUGGAGCGUGGCGUUAUUGAGGCGCCGCAGACGCCUGAUGAUGUUGCCGCUGCAGAGGACGGCCGCGCCCCGUGCAGCCCCGCUGGGACGGGCAGCCCUGGCCAGCCGAUCAUUAUUGGCACGUUGAAGAAGAGCUGCUACUCUGGCUUUGUGAACUAUGUCCGCGGCGCGCUGGCGAAGAUCUUGGAGAAUCCGGAGGAGAGCGAGGAGAGGAAGGUGCUGUUUAGGGAGAGGGUGUACCCGAUGACGGAUGAAGAGAUUAGGGAGUUUGAGGUGAGGUAUGCGCAGAGAAAGAAGGAGCUCAGCGUAGUGUGGAGCUUGAUGGCGUUCUCGGCGGGUGUUAUCGAGGCUAUGAUUGUUGUGGAUCGCUGGCUGUGGCUGCUGGAGCAAGAGGAGGUUGGCACGGCAUGGGUGGAGCCGGUGUUUGGUUACGGAAUGAGCCCAAGGAACUUGGUUGUGGUGGGAUUGAAGAAAUAAGAACGGUAUUGGUGGCAUGAAAGGUGUUGAACACAGAAGAGGUGUUGGCAAGACCAUGGGGCGUCGAAAAUGCGUUUUCGCACCGCACAAGGGAGAUUGGCAUUAAGAGCUAUGGUGAAAGAAUUUCCCCUACGCCCUUUGGAGUAGAGUCGUCAAAUAAUAUCCGCUCCUGGUUUUCUUUACGUUUCUCUCCCUAUCUCCUCAAACUCCAUCACAGGCUUUUAUCGCA